AUGAACAGAAGAGAGUUCUCUUUCGUAAGGAUCAGCAAGGUCAAGCGCCUCUUUUCAAAGUCUCACCUUCCCAAUUUUACUGAAGAAAUGUUUAAAGUCUACAAACGAUUUGCGCGUCAAGUACCUGUCUAUGAACUGAAAGAUGAUGCUGAAGAGAUCCUAGACGGAACAUUCUACGAACCUGAAUUGCAAAAAGUAAUCAAGAAUGAUGAUGUCUAUAGCGUUGAAAAGAUCUUACGCAAGAGAAAGCGCAACGGAGUAGUGGAGUGUCUUGUGAGAUGGAAAGGGUAGGAAGAGCCAAAAGUUGAUUCUUGGGUUCCUGAAAGUGAUAUUUUGAAAUUGUAGUUUAUGCAUUUUUUAUGCAGUGAAUAAAAACAAAAAAAAUGGUAAAAUGGAUGGUCCGUGGUUUCCUACAAAUUAAGAAUGUCCAGAUUAAAAAGUUCAACACACGGUACAAUAGAGGUAACAGUUUUAUCUGCAACUUUUCUAGCAAUAGCAGUCUCUAUAAGUUUCCUAAUAACACAUUAACAGAGUACCGUGUUGGCUUACCUCAAACUGUGGCUUGAUGGGAGACUGGAGAGUGGCUUUUACAGAAAUUCAUUAUCCACACAGCUGGAAUAAUGUCCUCGGAAAUUUUAGCGAUCGAUUCUACCUUUGGAACCAAGAAUUGUCCGGGGUAUGGGAGGCACUAAUGAUUCCACCGGGUCAAUAUUCUUCCACUGAAGAUAUCUUAUCAAAGAUGAAAGAGCUGAUCGCGAUAGAGAAUUGUUUCAAUAACGAUGUGACAUUUUCCUACGAUACGUUAAGUAGAAAGGUCACUGCUCAUCCACAAAAUAACGUAGAACGUUUCUUUGGUAACAUUGGAUACAUGCUGGGAUUUAUACCAGAAGAAAUUAUUCUCAAUACCUCUACCGCUGAAAGAGAAGUGGAUUUAGAUUACGGCUUUCACGAUCUGUUUAUUUGCUGUGAUCUUAUUCAACCACAACAUGUUCGAGAUGCACUUGUCCCUUUACUGCGAAUUGCUCCUGUAGAAGAAAAGACCGCUGGAAAAACUGCGGAUUUUAAUAUCGCCUUAACCAAAGACUAUUAA